ACAAUGUGUUGUUCCGAUAGUUCACAAAUUAUAUGUUUAAUCGGAGUAGCCUCCCGUUCGACUGAUAAUACUUCCAUUGUAUUAUAUAGUAAUGUCUAAUGGAAUUGAUGAUAAAAGCAAAUCGGACAGCAUUGAUGGAUUAAAAUACGCAAAAGAGGUUGUUGCACAAAGGGUUAACCUGCCACAUAGAUUUGAAAAUAUCUUUAAAGACAUAGAGAUUAUAUCAGGAGGGAAUGGAAAUAUUGUAUGUAGAUAUACUAUUCCGAAAAACUUGUCCAAUACUCACGGUUCAUUGCAUGGUGGAAUUAUUGCCAGCUUGGUAGACGCUGUAUCAACUUGGGGACUAUCAACUGCCACAAAACAUCACAGACAUAUAAGUGUUGAUCUUAGUGUUAGUUAUAUGAGAAAAGCGGAGCUUGGAGAGACGAUAACUAUUGAAGGCAAGACAGUAAAACUUGGUGGCAGGGUUGCAUUUCUAACAGCAACAUUGUUAGAUAAAAAUCAAAAGAUUAUUGCAACAGGAAAACAUACAAAACUGAUUUUAGAAAACAAACUCUGAUAUCCCUUUAUAUUGUGUGCGGAUGAUUGGUCGUUAUUUUGGCAUCAUACACUGUAUCAACGACGAUUGGUCGUUAUUUUGGCAUCCAUCAUACACUGUAUCAACGAUGGCAAGAUAUACUGACAACAAAAUUAAAUCUAAAAAGGAUUCUAAGAAUUGCGCAUCAUAGAUUAUGAUAUGAGCCAAAGUUUUGCAUGGUUAUCACCCUUUAAUUGUAAUCUAUAUUUAAAUGGCAAUGAAUAUGCAUAAAUUUUGUUUCUUGUGACAAUAAAGACAUAAAUAUUUAUUGUUUUUAACCGCUUCCAACCUGUUUAACCCUUGGCUGUUAAAUCAGAUAAUUAAUUAUAGAUACGUAAAGAAGUUACAUUCUUGGGAAUUUAUUAAUGACAAUCAUUUAGUUAAUUUGUCUCGACAGGAGGUCUUAAAUGCAUACUUCAUAACAUUGUUUUGUUAGUACCAUGCGACUUUUUGUCUUGUACACAUCUUUGUCGAAUUACCAACUUUAGUGAUAUGUGGAUUUUAUAAAACUUGCCAACUAUGUUACGUUUAUCGAAAAAAAACUUUCAUAAAUCCUUAUGAAAAACUAAAUAUUGAAAAAGUAAGUCAUAAAUGCAAACUUAAGCCUAUGUAAUAACCAAAUUCAAUUAAAAAUACAUAUUUGCCUACCGGGUUAUCAUUCCAGCUGUAAUUAUCUAUUACAACAUUUAAAUAGGUGCGACUUUACAAUUGAGUUUUACAUGUUUGUUUAAUUGAUUCGAAGUAGUUGAUUUUUCAAUGUAUAUUUUUCCAAUAAAUUUGUGUAGUCCA